UAAAACAAAAUGUAAACAAAUAUUAUCAACUCGUAUAAAAUCUUUAGACGACUUAUCCAACUUCAAAAUUAAUUGCACAUGGAUUUACCAACAUAACAAUUUUAGAAGCAGAGAAUCGAGUUGGUGGACGAAUAGAGUCGGUGAAAUUUAGUGAUGGGUUUAUUGAUUUGGGUGCUCAAUGGUGUAGUGGUGAGAAAGGCAAUUCCGUGUACGAAUUAUGCAAAAAUGAAUUUGAUUUUGGACUAACUGGAUUUGAAGAUUUUGAAACUUUUACUACGUUCACGUCGAAUGGAAGGAACAUUGAUGAGAAUAAACUCGCGAAGCUAUAUUCGUUGAGGAAAAAUUUGGAGGAAAUGACUAAGGAAAUGAAUGCUUCCACGCAAUCGACUGGUGAAUUUUUUGAGGAAAGAUAUUUUAAAGCUAUUAGGACUCCUGAAUUUAGUGACAUUGAUGAUGAACUUCGAGACAUGUUUUUAUCACUUUGGCAUCGACAAACUAAUGCAAUUUAUGCUGCACAAUCUUGGUAUGACCUAUCAGCUCAAGGAUUUGCUUCAAAUAUUUUAUGUGAAGGUAGACAAGAUUUGACUUGGAGGACAUUUGGAUACAAGACACUGUUCGACUUAGUUCUCAAAAAGUUCUCUGGAUCUGAGGAGCAUCCAAUCAAUUUAAAGAAUAGAAUAAAAUUGAAUAUAAAAGUCACCAACAUCAACUGGAAGUCUAACAAAGUUUUCAUCCAUACAGCUGAUAAAUCAGUAUUUCAAGCUGAUCAUGUUAUUGUGACGAUUCCACUCGGUAUCCUUCAAGUCAACCAUAAAUCUUUAUUUACACCAACUUUACCUGACAUAAAAGUAUCAGCCAUUGAGAACAUGAAGGUCGGAACUCUUAAUAAGAUUUUUCUAGAAUUCGAAGAACCAUUUUGGACGAAAGACUUUAAACUGAGUGCAUUUAUGUGGACAAAAGAGGAUUUAGAAGAAAUUAUCGGAACUGAUAAGGAAUGGUUGCAGAAUAUUUAUGGCUUUCUAUACAUCGAUGGAUUUCCGAAUCUACUAGAAACAGUCUUAAGUGGCAACAAGACGAAGGAAUUUGAAUCAUAUAGUGAUGCAAAAGUGGAAAGUGACUGCAUGUGGCUUCUCGAGAAGUUCCUUAAGAGAAAACUUCCCCGACCAUCUGCAAUGAGAAGAACAAGAUGGUCGAGUCGAGAGAAUUUCUUGGGCUCCUAUGCAUACCUUUCAAUGCAAACAACAGCAAAUAACAUCUCACCAAGUGAUUUAGCCAAAUCAAUUUGUAAUGCCGACGGGAAGCCAGUUCUUUUGUUUGCAGGUGAAGCAACGUGUCCAAAUUAUCAAGGAUAUGUUCAUGGUGCAUUCGAUUCAGCCAAAAGAGCAGCACAAGAGAUAAUUGAUUUUUAUUCAAAAGUGAUUGGAAUUAGCCAGAUUAAUAAGUUGUAAAGUUUGCGGUGUUGUUAAUAAAUUGAGCGUGAAUAAUUCAGUGAUUAUUGA